AUGUCGUUCCAAGCCACAGCCGCUCGCUCAUCUCGGAUCAAGAAGACAAGAAAACUAAGUGCCGCGGCCGCCAUGGGUCUACGGCGUGUCACGUCCUCGCCAUCGUCAGCCAGUCCCCGAAAAAAGUCUCUACAAUCCGCAAAACCCCCCGACUUUGACAAGGACGAGAAGCUGGAUGAUACGGGCGUAAUAGCCUCUCUCGCCGCCGACCUCAAUUUCCGUGAUGUGCCGCAGUACAUGGAAUACAUCCUUACCAUAGCGCAUAUCGAUGCUUUGAGUGUCUCGCCGACCAGGACGGAGCGCGAGAUCGUGGAGCUCGCGCAGGCAGGCAUUUUGCGCAGAGUGACGAUACCGCACCGAGGCGUUGGCGCCGCCGCCGUUGGCGACGUACCCAACACCGCCUUCACACCUCCAGAGAUCUCCGCACUCACAGCCGCCGGAUUCCUAACCACAACAACAGCCCUGGACACGCGUUCCUCACUCUUCGCCGCUCCAGGCGCCGGAAGUCUUUCAUCUCUCUCAACCGCUGGAUCGCGCCACGCAGCAGGCUCCCUAGGCGCCGUCGGCGGCGCCUCAGCCUCGCACCACAUUCCCGGCGGCCUACCAGGCCAACGAACAACCGCAGCUGCUGCUUACUACAACUUCUCACUACCAAAUACCGGGUCGCACAUCAAGCUCCUCAUCGAAGCCCGCACGCAUCUCAUCGGCUUGCUCAAGAAAUCAAUGUACAAGGAAGCGCCCCUUGAUGUCCUGCGCGAGCGGUGGGACGGCGGCGUCGUGGGGAAGGACGACGUCGCCGAGAGGAAGAAGGCUAGAGGCGAGUUUGCGGGGAUUCUUCCUGGGCGGACGAAGAAGUGGAAACAGUUCCAUGGCCUGCGGUUCGAGUGGAUUUUGGAGGAGUGCGUGGGUGCGGGGUUGGUGGAGCUUUUCGAGACGGGUAGUGUGGGUACGGCAGUGAGGGCGGCUUGA